AGAAGCCUGUUCAAGCUGCAAGUCAGUUUCUUGCAAGAACAAAUUUCCUUCUGGAGCAUCUUUCAUCCUUCACCCUAAAGACAGCACAAGAAGCACAAGUUCCAGCAAAGGAGAGACUUAGGCAAACUAAGGAAUUGUUAGCAAAAGGGAACCAGUGGACAAAAGAGAUGGAGAUGAGAUUGACAGACACUGAUGUGGUGCUUUUAGAUGGGGAGACACAGGAUGUAGUAGAAGUGUUUUCAUUGAACACUGUAGGCCAUGUACAUCAUUUUAGCGAUGACCCUGACCUAAACAGUGUGUUAGUAUUUAACACUCUGCAAACAGAGAAUAAGUUUGCUGCUAUGCAUCUGUUUCAGUCAGACAGGGUUCCGGCUGCUGUUGUUGCAACUGAAAUUAUGAAAGCAUCGAGUAGCAAAGCCGCAAUGCCAAACAAAUUUGCAGCAAAAGGAGGCGCCAUACUACCCCCACCCCCUACACACCCAGCGCCCCCUCCCCCCACGGGGGUUGACCAGGAGAGAUUAGAUUUGUAUGGAAAGUCACUUGUGGCACAAACGAUUGCAGCCUUCUCAGCAGCCGUGUCUGAUACCAGUCCGAAGAAAACUGGAAAACCACAAGUGUCAUCAAGAUACCAAGCGGGAGAAACAUCCUCCGAUGUUCCAGACGAAACACUGUCUGCGGAACUGUUGGAGGCGAGAACAAACAGAGAUGUGCAAAUCUUGAACCACUGUAUAGAUGAUAUCGAGAACUUAGUUAUGAGAACAAAGAGAUCGGCUGAGGCCUGGAAAAAGCUGCAGAAAAAGAAGGGAAAAGUUAAACAAAGUUCUUUGUCACUUGAAGCGCGCCCGCCGCCUGAGGCUGAAUUCUUUGAUGCAUUUCAGAAAUUAAAACAUGCCUUGAUCUUGUUGGGCAAGCUGAGGCAACACAUUCACAAUCCUAACGCAGCUGAAUUGGUUCACUAUUUAUUUGUUCCCCUUUCGUUGUUGAUUCGCUGUACAGGAGGCCCCGAGAAGGCCAGAGCAGUUAUUGUGCCUCUGCUUACAACUCAAACGAUAGACUUGCUACAGAACUGUCUCUCCUCAAAGGAAACCGAAUUAUGGAUGUCUCUAGGACCCAACUGGACGAUGCCAAAGUCAAGCAAACAGUUCAAGGAUCAGUUUAUCGCCCCAUACAAUCCUGUGUUCAAGGACGGUUGGGUUCCACCUGAAGUGAUCGCUGGUAAAGAUGUGUCCAACCUUAGUGCCGCUAUUGCUGCUAAUGCUGCCGCUGUGGCCCAACUCAAUGAUGGAUCCAGAAAAGGAGAUGAUUCUGCUGCAAACCUGGCCAAUCCAGCGGUGCUAUCAGCAGCAGCCAAGUUCAGAAGACUAGCAAGUUUGAAAGAAUCUUCAGAAUCACCGCUAUCAAGUCCGCCCAAGAAAGGCCUGAGAAGAGUGCGCGUCCUUUACGAUUUUCAAGCAAGAAACAGCAAAGAACUGACGGUUCGCCAGGGAGAAGAAGUUUCGGUUCUUCUUGAUAGCCGCCAGUGGUGGUGCGUCAGAAACUCUGAGGGCUCCAUAGGCUUUGUACCGAGUACAAUUGUGGAAGAAACAGUUUUGCUUCCCAGUCCUCCGACAACGGCUCCUCCACCCAUACCAACAGCGCUGGUUACGUCAUCGCAGACACUGGUACAAAAACCUGAUACAGCAACUGGCACAGUGUCAGAGAGUCCAAAGAUUCCUCAUGUGGAGCUACGACCUGUGGGAAUAUCCAAGCAGAACAGGCCCGUAUCUGCACCUCCCUCGCAUAUGGUGAUAAACCCAACCGUGCCCACAAGCCAACCCCCUUCCACCUCUCCCUCAACUACCUCACCCCCUCCAACAGUAAUCUUGAAGACGGUGAAAGAGAAAGAGAAAGAGAAAGAAACCACGCCUGUGGCUACAGACUUUACCAAGGCCAUCCAAGCAAGAAAUCUGAAAAAAGUUGACCCAGAAGAGGAAAAGAAAAGACGCGAACAGGCUCAACAGAACAGAAUGAGCUCAGCAGACAUGUUAAACGAUGAACUCAAGCGAAGAAUGACUCACAGUCAGGGGGGACUCACACCAACAGCCCAACGGAAAGACACACCGACCGUUAAUCUGACGGCUGAUUCAAACGCAAAGCAGGUCAAAGAGUGGUUGAAAAGUAAAGGUUUUAGUGACAGCUGUGUGGCGGCAUUGUCUGGCAAGUCCGCUAAAGACAUUGAAUCUAUGACAAAGGAUCAGCUGAGACAAGCUUGUGGUGACGCAGAUGGAUCAAGGGUGUUUAGUCAGUUUUCAGUGCAGAAAGCCAAUUGGAAGGUAACAACUAAAGGUUCUGAAUUGGCGUUUAUUAUGCAAAAACGAAAGGAACGAUCAGAAGAAAAAGAGGUACCAGAGAAUGAUGGCGAGCUCCGCGUUAUCGUAGCCGAUGCCAAGGCAGCGGCAGCCAAAGAGGAGACCGAGAUCAGGCAAAGAACGUCCAGCACUGGACAGAAAUCAAAGAAACCAGGUGCCCCUCCACCGAAACCUCGACCUAAGAGCUUUGCAGAGCCUGAAGUUAAGCCGCGUACAAAUAGCCAGACGGACCAGAGUUCACCGCAAGAGAUGUCCUUUGACACUGAGUUUAUCCCACCCCCACCAGUGCUAGAUGCCGAAGAUCAGCCGACAAAUGACGAAGAAGGUCCGAGGGAGAGAAAGAUUUCCGUCGAAGAUGUCAAAAGUAUUAUGCAAGAACAGAAGAAACAGCAGGAACUUUUGUUGGAACACGACAAAACGCUUUUCCUGCUGGAGCAGCUUCAGAGACAAAAAUUCGAGCUGGAACAACAGAAAAGGGAGUUUGAAGAACAACAGCAGAAGUUGAAGCAAGCCGAGUUACAGGAACAGCAGAAAGAGCUGCAUCGUCAAAUACAAGCGCAGCAAGAUCAACUGAAGGUGAACGAGGACAAAUUAGUGCAGCAACAACGCCUGCUUUCCAACUACGAAAACGUGCCCCCGCAAUACACUUACGCCCAGAUUCCCCCUGUUAUGCCCCAGAUGCCUGUAAUGCCCCUUGCGGGGGUUACAACAGGGGCUUCGGCGUACCUCCCCAUGGGGGGCCUUCAACCCGUGUACUCAGCGUACCCUGGUGCGAUGGCUCAACCGGGCGUCACACAUAUGGUGCCUUCCAUGGGUCUUCCCUCAGUAGCUCCUACACAGCCGCCUACUCAGGGGUGAUGUGGCCGUGAGAUGAUUUUGUAGGAAUGUAUUGUAUAAUCUAGAGAACCGAAAUGUUUUCUAUUAUUUGCUAGACAAAGUGUGAGAUUUGUAAAGGGUUUUCUCUCACACUACCGUAGAGAAAGCCGCAGUUCUGAUGAUUAACGCCAUAGGAAUAAACAGGCUUUUUCGGUCUAGUAAUAAUUUCGAGAUUUUGUUUGUUAUACCAACCAAUUAGACAUGUCGAAAAAUCUGUUACGGCGCUGGCCCUGAUAAGCAGGAUUGUGCCUUGAAAUUAGUAGAAAAGGUGCUACCUGUGUAUGAAAAUCUUCCCAGGUAGCACUUAUGAGGGGAGGGGGUUGGGAAGACAGCGUGGGGUGAUGGGAUGAGAUGGGAUGAGAUAUUUCUCCUCUGGGUUUUAGUUAGUAGACGCGGGCAUAUUUCCAUUCGUUACAUACAUUCAUGCAGUUUUCAUUCGUCUUCUCCAGAUUUCAAUCCGUAAUUAAAGUACAAAUUAGCCCUCCUAAUGUGACAACUGCAUUGUGUCUUGCUUAAAGAGCUGUUGUGUGUAUGACACUUUGCAAUCGUUAGCAAUGUCACGUAAGGACUACAUUCUAUGCUGAGGGCUUUGGUCACGCAACUGUUCCGUGACGCAUGUUCAUCUUCAAGAAUUGUGUACAGCUCGCCUUUGUACAUUCAUUCACAUUGCCUUGUGGUUUAACAUCUUUCGCCUCUUUAAGAGUCAUAGCAACUCGUUAAGAUUUGGCAUUAUCUAGUUUUUUAUGUCCGUUGUCCACCUUAGCGCAAUGGCAGUUUACUUCUGAUUACUUCUUCAAAGUGUCUUUUUUAGAAGGAAUCAAAAGUUUCAUUCACUAUAUACAUCGUUCCCCUCUUUCAGCUCAAAACUGAAGAUAAAUAGCGCGUUAUAUUUUUGUAUAGCCCUUAAUGGAGUAGAUAUCUCUGCCUUUUGUACAAUGCGAUAGUCUGAAGUCGUUUUGUCUAGCUUUGGAUAGAUGGUCGAAUGCAAAUUAAGUCAAAGUAUGGUUUUUGUAGCUGUAUAGACGUUUUCGGAUCAAUUGCAUUGAAAAAAAUAUAUUUCUGAAAAACCUGCUCA